UGGAGUGCUCUGGAGUGUCCAGCUCUGGGCCCCUGAGUUGAGGAAGGCCCUGGAGGGGCUGGAGCAGGUGCAGAGAAGAGCAGCGAGGCUGGGGAAGGGAGUGGAGCACAAGUGGUGUGAGGAGAGGCUGAGGGAGCUGGGAGUGUUGAGGCUCAGGGGAGACCUCCUGACUCUCUGCAACUCCCUGCCAGGAGUGGGGAGCUGGGUGAAAUUGGGGUUUUCUGCCAGGAAGCAGCAGUAGGACAAGAGGGCUGGGUCUUGAGCUGUGCCAGGGGAGGUUUAGGUUGGAUAUUAGGAAGGAAUUCUUUCCUGAGAGAGUAAUCAGCCAUUGGAAUGGGCUGGGCAGGGAGGGGGUGUAGUCCCCGUCCCUAGAGGUGUUGAAGGUGAGAGUGGAUGUGGCAUCAGUGCCAUGGUCUGGGAAGCACAGCAGGGUUGGAUCCAGGGUUGGACUCGAUGAUCUCGGAGGUCUUUUCCAACCCGGCUGAUUCUCUGAUUCCCAUUCCUGUGGCAGCACAUGCUUGAGGCUCUAUGCACGGGGUGACAGAGGUGUCUGUCCAUAUAUAUCUACAAAGUUAGUCUGCAAAUGUGUGGUGUUAGAAAAGUAGAAUAAGUUCUGGGAUGGUUCUAGAAGGAGAAAGAAGCUCACAGCCCAGUCCAAACAGGCAGCCCUCAGCUUCCACAUCAUCUCCCCUCUCUGCAGGUUCAUGUCCUUGAGCCCAGGCCCUGAGAUGAGCCUGAGAACUGGCCUGGAGGUGAGCCCAGAGGUGUCCCUGAGGUGAGCCUGAGAAUAAGUGCAAGGCAGAGGUGCUGCUGAGGAAGGAGAGCCCCAUGGUGGGGAAGAGACAAAGCUGUGAGUGCCCAGCCCCGAGCAGGUGCUGUCUCCAUCCCCUGUGUGCCAGGAUUUCUCCUUCCCAAAGUUUGGGCGGAUGGAGGAGGAGGCUGCAAGGAAGAGGAAGAUGCCACGGCCCCCCCAGGCAGGCCCCGAGCUGAGGACGGAGAGCACAGAGGACAAAUCCCCCCAGCAGAACCUGGUGGGAGAGGCCAUUUUGAACAGCUCCACGGUACAGGAAGGCAGCGGGGAGGAAAAGGGCUGGAGAUCCCCCCGGAGGAGGGGCUCCAAAGCCAACCUGGGGUGCUCUGAGGAGGAAAGACCCAACCUGUGCCUGGAAGGAGGCCAGAGCUUGAGCCAGAGCUCCGACCUGGUGGUCCCUGAGCAGCCUCCCAGCAAGGAGAAGCCCUUCAGGUGCUUGGAAUGUGGGAAGAGCUUCAGGAAGAGCUCUGACCUCCUCACCCACCAGCAUAUCCACACUGGGGAACGGCCCUACACGUGUGGGGAAUGUGGGAAGAGCUUCACGCAGAGCUCCAGCCUGCUCCGACACCAGCACAUUCACACUGGGGAACGGCCCUACCCGUGUGUGGAAUGUGGGAAGAGGUUCAGGGACAGCUCCAGCCUCCUCACCCACCAGCACAUCCACACUGGGGAACGGCCCUACACUUGUGGGGAAUGUGGGAAGAGCUUCAAGUGCAGCUCCAACCUCCUCAUCCACCGUCGUAUCCACACUGGGGAACGGCCAUACCCGUGUGGGGAAUGUGGGAAGAGGUUUCAGACCAGCUCACAUCUCCUCGACCACCAGCGGACGCACACGGAUGAGAGGCCCUUCCGCUGCACCGACUGCGGGAAGGGCUUCAACCAGAACUCUCACCUUGUCAUCCACCAGCGUAUCCACACCGGGGAGAGGCCCUACAAGUGUGGGGAGUGUGGGAAGAGCUUCACCCACAGCUCUGCCUUGAUCAAACACCAACGGAUCCACCUGUAAGGGAAGCCCUACGAGUGCCUCGAUUGCGGGAAGAGCUUCAGCCGCUGCUUCCACCCUGAAUGAACCCCCUGAUGGUGAGGCAACCACUGGAGUCCAGUGACUGUCAGUCCCUCCCUUUCUACCCCUUUCACAGGGGCAGGUUCUUCCAGCAGAACCUAUGCCAUAUUAAUAUAAUACAAACCACAUAGACCUGGCUAGUUUGGGGGUUCUCAGCCAAUUCCUCUUUAUUCAAAUGAGACAACAGUUUAUAUAUGAUUUAACACAUCGCACCGGCGCGGCAUACCCGGCUCGGCCCUGGGCGUGUGCGCUUGGCGUGGCCCGGCCCCGGGUACUUGAGCCUGGCCUUGGGUGUGGAAAGGAGCAAGACAGGGGGAGCUUCGCCGGUGCAGACUGUGCCAUCAUGGGAGACGAGAGGGCGAGCCCAGAACACACAAAAGAGAAGGACAACUCCAAACCCGGGCAGAUGGAGCUCGUUCAGCCCUGUAAGGCCAUCCAUCCAAGAGAAGGAUACUCUAAUGAAACCUAUGUCCUGAGGACCUUGCUGUCACCGUCCAAGCUCGCUCGACCCUGGCAGAUGAACCUUAGGAUUAAAGGGUGGGUUCAGUUCAGCGUAUACUGUGUCUCACCUAAAAAAUCCAUUGCGCAGGCUUGAAGGCUUUACCCACUUUUGCAAAGCCUUGUAUCGACAUCUUCUACAAAUGCAGUCACACAAAGAUCAAAAGACAAAGGCAUGUACCUGCCUCCAAAGGUGUACCUAAAUUAACUCUAGCAUGUUGGAAUAUCAGAACCAUGCUCGAUUCUGCAGAUAGUGGACGUCCUGAGCGCUGGUCUGCUCUGAUUGCCCAUGAACUGUCACGUCUCAACAUCGACAUUGCUGCUCUCAGUGAAGUUUGCCUUCACAAGGAAGGCAACCUCAGAGAACAUGGUGCCGGUUAUACACUCCUUUGGUCAGGUAAGCCCAGAACCUAAAAGCAUAUCUCAGGAGUCAGCUUCAUGAUCAAAAACUCUAUUGUUCCUAAACUCGAAAAUCUGCCGACAGGUCAUUCUGACCGCAUUAUCUCCCUACACCUUCCACUAUGCAACAAGCAGCACAUUGUCCUCUUUAGUAUAUAUGCCCCAACUCUCCAAGCUAACCCUGCUGAAAAAGAUAAAUUUUACACUGACCUGCACCGCCUUACUCAGAAGAUUCCUGCAGAUGAUAAGAUCAUUAUCCUUGGUGAUUUCAACGCCAGAGUAGGAAAGAAUUUUGAAGCCUGGAAAGGAAUAUUAGGCAAGCAUGGUGUUGGAAGCUGCAACGAUAAUGGUCGACUCCUGCUAGAAUUCUAUGCGGAGCAACAGCUCACCAUUACUAACACUGUCUGUCAGCAGAAGAAUAGUCUGAAGACAACAUGGAUGCAUCCCAGAUCCAAACAUUGGCACCUCAUCAAUUAUGUCUUGGUGCGACGGAGAGAUGUCUGCGAUGUCCACCACACCCGUGUGAUGCCCAGCGCAGAAUGCCAAACAGACCAUCGACUGGUGCGCUGUAAACUUAACCUCAUUCUUAAAUUCAGACCUAAAAGGGGCAGCAUCCCAAGGAGGAGACUCCAAGUUAACGAUCUCCAAUCAGCCACAGUGAGAAACAAAUUCCAGGCUAAUCUUCAGACUAGGCUUGAUGACCAUUCCACAGAUUCUGCAGAUACCUCUCCUGUAACACUCUGGCGCCAUAUUAAAAACAGCAUCCUGCAAUCCUCUGAAGAAUCCUUAGGGUUCUCCCUCAAGAAGAACAAGGACUGGUUUGAUGAAAGCAAUCAAGAGAUCCAGGAAUUGUUGAGGAAGAAGAGAACUGCUCACCAAGCACACCUUGCACUGCCAUCCUGUCACAUAAGAAAAACAGCUUUUCGCAUCACAUGCAGCAAACGCCAACAUAAACUCCGUGACAUCCAGAGCAAGUGGUGGAUCAGUCUAACUGAAAAAUCACAAUUAUGCACAGACACAGGUGAUCACAGAGGGUUCUAUGAAGCCCUGAAAACAGCACAUGGGCCUGCAUACCAAGCUCAAAGUCCUCUACUCAGCGCUGAUGGUCAAACACUUCUUACAGAUAAAACCUCCAUUCUGAAUCGAUGGUCUGAACACUUUCAGACCCUUUUCAGUACCAACCGUGUAGUCCAAGACACAGUCAUUCAGUCCAUCACACAACAACCAGUGAAGUACGAACUGGAUACUGCCCCCACUUUAAGAGAGACCCUUAAGGCCAGUGAAAACUGGCAAGGCAGCUGGGGUUGAUGGAAUUCCACCUGAAGUUUCGAAACAUGGGGGCCUUGUACUCCAUGCUAAAUUUCACGAGUUUCCCACACUGUUGGGAACUAGGCCAACUACCAUCAGACCUUUGAGAUGCAGUCAUCAUCACUUUGUGUAAGAAGAAAGGAGUUAAAUCAGACUGUUCAAAUUACCGUGGUAUUACUCUGCUCUCCAUUGCUGGCGAAUUCCUGGCAAGAAUACUCUUAAACAGACUAAUACCCACUAUAGCAGAAGGAAUUCUACCUGAAAGCCAAUGUGGUUUCAGAGCCAACAGGAGUACCACAGACAUGGUGUUUGUUCUCAGACAACUGCAAGAGAAGUGUAGGGAACAGAACAAAGGUCUCUAUGUAACCUUUGUUGACCUCACCAAGGCUUUCGAUACUGUGAGCAGGAAAGGUCUAUGGCAGAUUUUGGAACAUUUAGGUUGUCCCUCCAAGUUCCUCAAAAUGAUCAUCUCACUCCAUGAGGAUCAGCACGGCCAAGUCAGAUAUGGCGAUGCAGUUUCUGAGCCCUUUCUAAUAACUAAUGGUGUGAAACAAGGCUGCAUUCUUGCACCAACCCUAUUCACAGUCUUUUUCAGCAUGAUGCUCCAAAGGGCCACAGCAGACCUCGAUGGUCAGGACGGUAUCUACAUCCGAUACUGUACUGACGGAAGCCUUUGCAACCUAAGGUGACUGAAGGUCCACACUAAGACCUUAAACCAUCUUGUCCAGGAGCUGCUUUAUGCUGACCCCGCUGCCCUUGUUGCUCUGCAGCGUUUAACAUCUUGCUUUGCUGAGGCUGCUGAGCUCUUUGGGCUGGAAGUCAGCUUAAAGAAAACAGAAGUUCUCUAUCAACUGGCACCUCAGGAAGUCUUCCAUCAUCCCCAUAUCACCACUGGCAAAUCAGUGCUCAAAUCAGUCCAGCAGUUUAAUUACCCAGGUAGCCUCAUCUCCUCAGAUGGUAAGAUUGACAGAGAGAUAGACAACAGGUUUGCAAAGGCAUAUAGUGCCUUCGGAAAGCUUCAUAAAAGAGUUUGGCGAAAUAAACACUUGAAGAAAAGUACCAAGAUCAGUGUUUACAGAGCCAUUGUGCUGUCUACUCUCUUAUACGGGUCUGAAUCAUGGGUCAUCCACCGCCACCACCUGUGACUCCUGGAACGCUUCCAUCAACGCUGCCUCCGUACAAUCCUAAACAUCCACUGGUCAGAUUAUGUGACCAAUCCAUCUGUUCUAGAACAAGCAGCAGUCACAAGUAUUGAGGCCAUGUUGCUGAGAACACAGCUGUGCUGGGCAGGGCACGUCUCCAGGAUGAAGGACCACCUAAGGAUCCCUAAGAUCUUGCUUUAUGGUGAACUUGCCACCGGCUGCCGCAUGAGAGGAGCCCCAAAGAGAAGGUACAGGGACUCCCUGAAACAACAUAUCAGCCUUGGCCAUAUUGAUCAACAUAACUGGUCUACUCUGGCCUCCAACCGGGAGGUCUGGAGACACACCAUCUAUACCACUGCUGAUGCCUUUGAGAACGCACGCAGGAUCACCCUUGGGGAGAAAAGGCAAUGCAGAAUGAACCGUGUCUUGCAGAAGAUACCAUCUAAGGAGUCUUUCUGCUGUGCCUUUUGCAAUCGGAUAUGUCUGUCUCAUAUUGGCCUCAUAAGCCACCCGUGCGCCUGCAACAAAUGUGAAUAGAGCCUUCCCAAAUCUUCGUUCACGAAGCCCAGCCAUGAAUGAACUCCAACGAAGACCUCGAGUCCUCGUUGCGCUAGGAGUGAAUGGAGUAGGAUAUGGUUUUCACUUGAUUUGAGGAAAAUUCCAUAGAUUGUUGAGGUAAUCCUAGUGCAAGAAAAUGCUGCUAUCACAAGUUGUUGAAUUGUUUGUUAUCAAAAGUUUUUCAUUGAUGAAGUUAACAGUUUAAAAGUACACAGUUUAAAACUGUGAAAGGCUAAAACAUAGGAUAUCCUUGAAAUUUAAAGAAUAGGCCUAAUGUUGCAUUACCAAUUCUAAAAAGCUUUCAGUGGAAGAAUUAAGAAGUUUCCUUAUUUUACCAUACCAAUUUAUAGUUAGGCAGUUAUGUCAGCUGACUAUUAUCAAUUGUUAAAAUGUUCCCUGUUACAUAAUGUUGUCUCAUGAUUCCUUCCCCUUUCACUUAUCUACAUAUAAACGACCCAUUUUUAUUUUUGGAUAAUUUGUUAAACCGCUUUAUCAAAUUUCUUUUUUUUUUUCAUCUCAAACCUGUUCUUCAAAUUUAAAAAACAAAAAAGACAAUCUAUUUUGUAAAUUCCCUAAAAGACAAAUACCCCUGACUAAGGAUCUCGAGGAAAGUACUCGAGGUCUGUUCUCCAAUCAGGAUGCGUUAAAUGGCGUCCAGAUGUGGCGCAGGAUUGUAGGUCCUUAAUAUUGAAGGAACCCGCCUGCCCACCUGGACUCAAGUGCUGUGGCUCAGAGAGCAGCACUCCAGCAGCCGCCCCAGCUGAACAGCGGAUAUCGCGCCGCAAGGUGGGCUGAUCUUCGCAUCUAAUAUAAGAGACGAACAGCUGGGGAAGAACCCUGACAAUCUGAACCCUGACAAUAUCCUGUUGACUGUAUUUUAUGAAAUAGAUUAUCUUGACAUUUAAAAAUAUCAGUUUGAAAAAAAGUUUUCAUUAGAAUGAGGAUAGAUAAAUAAAAACGAAAAAGAAAGCGUUACACACCAAAAUCUGAAGCAGAAAAUUUGGGGAAACAUCUGUACAAAUUGUAAGUGAAAUAUAAAGGUGACAAAGAAAAAGUACAUAAUAGAAAGCUCCCAGAGUGGUUUACUAAGAAUAAGGAAUAUAGAAUGUCGUUAAAUAGAAAGUUUUAAGAGUGGUUUACUGUGAAAAGAAAGUUUAAAAAGAGAGUACUGAAAUCGGAAGGAGAAGUAAUGAUUAAGUAAAUUAAAUGAAAAAUUCUGCUUCUUUAGAUCUCUGUUGUCUGUAACCAAAACAUAAUCCCUCAAAGAGCUAAUCUCAGACAAACUGUUACUCCCUUGUGCUUAUUUGCCCUUUUACUUACUUACCCUUAUUAUAACUUGGUUUCCUUUCCUUAUUGAUUGCUUUUGUCACACUGAAGAACCCAAAGACUCAUUAAGAAAACUAUAACUAAUGUUCUGUGUUAACAAAAACCAGUACAGUUAUUUAUAUAUUUUUUUAUAUACUUUUUUGUAUCUUAAGAAUCAAUUCUUGUUCCAUGAUAAAUUCAAGAAAGUUUUCUUUAAACUUGCUUUUCUAUAAAACAGAAAAGGGGGAUAUAUUGGGAUCCAGUUUUUGAGAAAAUAUGUUUCAGGAUUUUUGUUAUGUUAUUAUACUAUGUUAUUGUAUUAUUCCCUUUCAUUGUACCCCCAUUUUCCCUUAUUUUCCCUAAGCCUUCAAACCCUGUGUUUCUAUUGGCCAGUUAGUGCUGCAUUGCAGUACCAACCUUAUAUGGCCAUUUCUUCCUUAUAUAGAUAUGCUCCUCCCCUUGUUCUCCCUAGAUGGUCCUAGUUUGCAUACUCCACCCUUGCUCCUCCCCAGUUACUCCCCUUGUUCCAGCAAGUUCUGCUCCUGCCCUAUAAAAGGCAGGAGCCAUGUUAAUAAAGUGUUCCAUUUUGCACCUAA